AUGCUUCUCAAAUCAAUAUACCAACUAUCCAUCUACCUUCAAAUUUUCACACUCGCGACCGCAACUCCAACUCCAACUCCAGCUACCAAUGAUCACCAUCCAACCCUCUACCUAAUCCGACACGGAGAAAAACCAUCAAAUCCAGAAAAUCACGAGCUAACAUUUGACGGACUCAAGCGCGCUCAGUGCCUGCGCUGGAUCUUCAAUGCAAACUCCGCAUAUGACGUGGGGCUUAUUCUUGCGCCGACAAUGAAAGACAAUGGCGAACACGGAAGAUCAUUCAAGACCGUUAAGCCUCUUGCGCGCGAUCUAGGUCUCCAAGUAGACUUGCACUGCGGUCGCAAAGAAGCAGAAUGCGUCGCUGAUGCCAUUCGUACUUACAAUGGAACCGGUAAUAUUCUCGUUGCAUGGCGACAUAAGAAUAUGGUUGAGAUUCAGCAAAUGCUGGGUGUUGUGGAUCCGAUUGAGUACCCUGAGGACCGGUUUGAUCUUUCUUUGAGAAUUCCGUAUCCAUAUGAUACUAUUACUGAGAUUAAGAGUGAAGAGUGUCCUGGAUUAGAUACCCCUGGAUUGGUGGUGCAAUACUAG